AUGGCCGAAGUCGUUGCCAUAAUCGGCCUGGUGGCCGCCAUCGCGCAAUUCAUCGAACACGGCAGCAAACUCAUCGUCCGACUCAACGAAUUCUCGGCCAUAAACAACGAUCAACCCAAUGUCUUCAGCACGCUCAAAAUCCGACUCACGGCCAUAAUAUCCGUCAUCAAGCGGAUUCAAACCCAAAUUCAAACUCGGGCUUACUCAAUAUCCGAACCAGAACAGGAACAAAUGCUACCGAUCAUAGAGAACACCAUCGCACAUAUUGCACAGUUAAUCAACAUGUUUGAUAAGAUUGUGCCACCACAUGAUAAAAGUCGAAUGUGGCAGAAGUAUGUUCGGGCGUGGAAGAGUUUGGCGACGGAUAAAGCGGUGCAGAGGGUGAGUGGGAGGAUUCAGGAUAAUAUUCAGAUUCUUUCAUUGUUUCAGACGACGAGUUUGGUGGAGUCGAGUCAGAAGUUGAUCUAUGGGUAUGGACGUGGAAAUGGGGAUAUAUCGGCUCAAGUUGAAGUUGCUGGAUUGUCCGCGACGACUGGUGCUCAAAGUAUGGCUGCUGUUGUUGUGUCGGAGAGACAGUCAUACGGCACAGCGACGGCGGUUGAGACUGUGGUUUCGAUUUCCAGUCUGGAGACGGAGACUCAAGUUCAGACCAACACAGCUGAGCAUCAGACCUUGCUCGAUACAAACAGCGGCAGCAGCAGGAGCAGCAACAGUACCAAUUCUGAGCCUUACACCCCCAAUACGAUGAAAGCAACAUCCACCAACAAAGACAUUCCCAUCUGCCGCAGCUUAUGCAGCUGCAUCUGCCAUCGCCCAUACCUUCUCUCCACGCCCGCCAUGCUCAGCCGAAUCUUCGGACGGCUAUCAAUCGAUAUGCCAGGAAACGGACUUCCCAUGAUCCGAUGCACCGAGCGACAAUGCCAACGACGACGAGACAUCAGUGGAAACAUGACAUACCAACUACCAGGAUGGAUGUUGGAUCGAAUGGUCCGAAUCAGCGUGAAGAAAACAGCACUCAACACGCACAUCAAUCUCAACACGAUGAGAAUCUUGCCGGAUUCAGCCGAGAUUUUCUCGGUUGUGUCACGAGGAGAUUUGAAUAGACUUCGCAACAUGUUUGCGACGCAGCAGGCUUCUAUCUAUGACAUUUCCAGUGGCGGAUGGACAUUGGUCCAUACAUCUUUCACGCUAAAUCGGAGAGAUGUCACACAGUUUCUGAUCGAUCAAGGUGCGGAUCUGACGAUUGGAGCUGCUAAUGGCAGUAAUGUCAUGGAGCGGGCGUGGACGCAGGCGCAGAAAUCUAAUGGACCGCCGGGCCAGUUCGUCGUCAGUGACAGCCAGAUCCUGAGAGAAAUCGAUCUGGACGACUUCGUGUCGCAACAGCAGUAUAACCUCGUGCAUAAAGCUGUAUUAGGAAUCACGAAGCUGGAUCUGGGGGUACUGCUUGAUUCGUCGACGGCCGAUAUUGAUGGCGUUGAUUCACGACAUUAUACGCCGCUUUGGUGGGCGUGUGUUCAGGGGAAUUUGGAUGCGAUCAAGACGUUGCUGGACCAUGGCGCAUCGCAUGCCGUUGGUAGUCGAAUCAACCAAUUGCCUCUGCAUAUAGCACGCAACGCUGCCGUUGUGCAUUUGCUGCAUCAGGGUGGUGCUGAGAUUGAUGCUGUCGACACUUCAGGACGCACUGCCUUGCAUUGCUACUGCUAUCGGCAAGUCGGAUCGAGUGACGAAAUCGUGCGAGCGAUCCUGGAGUGUGGCGCAAAUGUGAAUGCCCGCGCCUAUGGCCAGCAGACUCCUCUUCACUAUGCAGUCAUGUUCGACAAUGAUGCCUUGGUUGAUCCGCUGAUCGAGUUCGGUGCUGACAUUGCUGCCACGAUGCGUGGUGGCUGGACUCCCCUGCUGGCGGCCAUUAGAUACGACCAGGCCUCUUGUGUGGCCAAGUUGUUGGAGCAUGGUGCCGAUCUGACAUGUAAGGAUGGUCUCGGUCAGGGGCUUCUGCAUCUGGCUGCACAGCAUGCUGGUGUUCAGUGUAUGAAUGUUUUGGCGGAUGCAGCAACUGUUUUCACGGUCGACGUGAGUGGCGAUGUCAAGGAUGACCUGGAUCGGACCGCUCAGAUGUACUAUGACAUGAGGGAAGGGAGGACGGAGAAUUUGGACAUGGCGUUUCGACAUCUUAUGACGGCGUGGCGGCGGGGUCAGGGGCCUGACCAUGGUAAUGAGAAAGAGGACGAUGAUAUGAGAUAUGAGUGUGACUGUGACGAUGAGAAGAACAGAAGUGAAUUGCAAGAGACGAUCUUGGUUGGAGCUUACACUAUGCCAGGGUCUUUUAUUGUCAAUACAACUUGGUCAUGA